AUGUCUUAUCUCUGUGUUCCUCUACCUUGUAUACACAGAUGGGGAGCCACCGGACGAAGUGGUUCAAAUGCUGAGUCUCAACAGCCAGGAGAUUACAAUGGAGACAUUAAGGGAGUUUUAAAUACAAUCAUUUUGAUAAACAUUGCCCCUCUUUCAACUGUUGAUGGAAUUUUGAACAUAUUGGCCCCCUAUGCCAACCUAUCAGUGGGCAACAUCCGCCUCAUCAAAGACAAGCAAACAGGACAGAUUAGACUCUUCACCUUUAUUCAGCUCUCAUCUCCUCUGGAGGCUUCUCAGCUGCUCACCAUUCUCCACAACCUUCAGCCACCUCUAAAACUGGACGGAAAAACAAUUGGUGUGGACUAUGCCAAGAGUGCGAGAAAAGACUCGGCUCUACCUGAUGGGAUCAGAGCUAGUGCUCUCUCUGUUGCCAACACAGCUAUUGCUGCCGCUCAGUGGUCAUCCAGCCAGUUACAGCAAGGUUCUGGUCCCACCUCUGACUACAUUGCCCUUCCAGAGGGCUGUGCACAGCAGACACAGGUUCGACAGAAUUAUCAAUUAUGGCAGCAGCAGCCUGAAGCGUUGGCUCCUGUCUUCGGAGAUGGGUUACUCUGAGCUGCUCCAGGAAUGAAGACAUUGAUCCCUGCAGCUGCAGGUGUGGUCUUAUCCCAGACGGCUCAGGUUUACCAACCUGUCAUUAUCAGCCAGCCUGCCAUCCAGCCUCAUCACUUAGUGUGGGCUGUUGAUGCGGUACAGCCGAUUGCUGGUGUUUGCUCCGCAACACCAGCAGCUUCCACGGUUGCAGCGGCCGUCGGUGCGGCCCCGACUGCUCACACAGCAGCUGCCCCUGACACCUCCGUGUACCAGUAUGAUGAGUCUUCAGGGUACUAUUAUGAUCCACAGACUGGCCUGUACUAUGAUCCCAGCAGUAAGUACAGUCAGGACCAUAAAUAUUUGGACAAUGACACCAUUUUCAUCAUGUUGGCUCUUUACACCACCACAAUGGAGGGCUUUGGACCAUCCAAAGAGGAAGAAAGGAGAGAGUCUGCAGCUGCUGAUGCCGAUUUCUUCCUCUUUGAGAAAAAGAGCGACGUGGUUGCUGCUUACAACGGAGACAGUGACCCAGAGGAGGGCGGCUCGGAGAGAGCAGCAGGUGACGGGAGUCGGAUGGUUUGUCUGCUGCGUCACCAGCAGCUCUCCGACCUCCACAAGCACAACUUGGAAAUUCAAGAAGCGGAGCUGGAGAAGCUGGAGAGAAACAAACUGGAGCUGUAAUGCAGAGACCGAGCUGCAGAGAGACGGGACAAGUACGGGGUUCCUGAACCUCCUGCUCAAAAGAAGAAAUUCUAUAAACCACCAACUCCAACAGUAAACUAUGAACAGCCAACCAAAAACGGCCUCACAAGCGAUAACAUUGGAAACAAAAUGUUGCAAGCGAUGGGCUGGCAGGAAGACAAAGGUCUGGGGCGCCACCAACAGGACAUCACGGCUCCCAUCUCGGCUUCGUUAAGGACCAAGUGCACAGGCUGGGGUAUUAAAGGAAGCUCAUAUGAACUCUCAGCAUCCGACACCUACAAGGAUGCUGUUCCAAAGGCCAUGUUCACACUGGAGAGGGACACGUGGUCCUGCUAAACCAGGAAAUAUUAAUAUUGUGGCCAAAUGAUACUUUGGAAAGAAAGAGUUGCACAGACUCAAACUGUAGUUUCUAUCUUUAUGUAUAUAUUGUUGUUUUAUAUAGUGAGAUAUUUUGUGAUCCAUAGUAUCUUUGUAGUUGACUAAACAUGUAAAUGUUGUAUAGCGUUUGUACAUUCAAUUAUUCAGAUCUGCUGAGGUUUCGUUUCUGUGAAAAUCUAAAGAAUUAAUGUUACAUUAAACUCAAAUUUUUGUGCGUAACAAUA